UCCAAUAAAGUUUACCCAUUGAUGCUUAUGGUAACUACUGAUAAUAGUCUACGACGUCCAAUUAGUUUUGAAGUAUCGCAGGGAAUUCUCAUGGCAUAUAAAAAUUACGACUUCAAUGGACCGGCGGAGGAAGAAGAAAUGUUGUUAUUCUGUCCAGCCAGUGUGAAAGGUAAAAAAUCUCGGCAAAAAGAAAGUACCCAUGAUGCAAACAAUAACUACUGUUUGGCCGAAAUGAAAGAAAUUUGGUGGGUGUCGGCCGCGAAAUUUUUGAAAUUAAUACGUUUCAAUAAGUCGAAAUGAGAAAAAGAACCGGAACCAUUUAUUUCAAGAAUUUUCUCCAAACCGGAUGCAAAUGAAGAAAACGAUCAUAGUGAAUUGGAAGUGACCUUCUGUGGUUCGGAUCUUAAAGGAAAACUAUACAGAUAUGGAUAUCAAAUUUUGCUCAGAAAAGACAUUUUCGAUAGAGUGAAAAAUAAGCUAGAUUCAGUUUUAAGCGAAUCCAAAGCACAGGCAACAGGAACUAUUCUCGAUUAUGAAAUAUACCGAUUCUGUUACGAUGAUGAAAAAAAGCAAAUAUUAUACACCCAGCAUAAGAUAUUAUCACCAAAACUACUUUUCGAAAGCGAUCUAAGGAAACAAGAAGAAAAAGAAGUAGACUACACGAUAAACUUGAGUAAUUUUGAAUUACAAGAAUUGGACAUCGAAGGACACAUGAAAAAAUACGAGCUUCAGGAAAGCAACAACAAUGAAGCAACACAUCAACAAACUUCUGAUGCUUCCGACUUACAGGAAGCUCCACAACCUCCUGAAUACACAACAGAAAAACUAGUGCCGGCCAGCGAUUUUGCAUUCGAAUUAUGGAAAAAGCCUACUUUCCAUGUUCUAAAUGAGGAUCGAAUGAAUGAAAAACUUAUUUAUCGAUGGACAAGUAUCCUUGAAGCUAUUCAGAACCAUGCUCAUAAUUUCCAACUUGAAUUCAGCGUAUAUACAAAAACUUUCGAUCCACCAAAAGAAAAUCUUCAAAACCAGGAAAAUAUUGAUACGGAAUCGAAACCAAAAGAAACUUUUCAACACGAGGAAAAUAUCGAAACGGAAUCGAAACCACAAGCGCCACAGAUUUGGAUCAAAAUUGUGCAUCAACAUAAUAAAGAACAUGACACCGACAACAUAAACAGCAGAUGUUCAGCGGUAGCAAUAAUUGUAAAUAACCACAUGGAUAAUACACUAAACAAAUACAUAUCCUUAAAUUACUGCGAUAAGAAAAAUUAUUGCAAAAAAUUUCAAGAAGAUAAGUAUUCCGAAAUGCACAAAUAUAUCAAAUGUUGUGCAAUAAAUAAAAACAUUGAGCAACUUUACAAUUUCGAUCUAAAGUUAACAACUAGACCAGAUGGCAUGAAAGAGUUGCUAUGGAUCGAUACUUUAAUCCAAGAAACUGAUGUAGACGAUUACGACGAGGAAGAUGUUAAACAGGACACUAAAAUGGAAACCUAAAUGGACAUCGAUGUAAUUGAUAUUUCAUAAAAU